UGCCCAAGUGGAUACAUGGGUCCAAAAUGUGAGCAGCUGUGUCACUGCAAUGGUGGCGCGUGCGAUCAAAAUGGUGAAUGUAAGGGCGGUGUGAAAUGUAAGCCCGGAUGGUUUGGAUUGGCUUGUCAGUACCGUAAGUUUUGUCAAAGUAUUUAAAAUUUAAACAAUUAUUUUAUUAUUAUGUCUUUGAUUUUUAACUUAAAUAUUAGGCUUAUCGCUUUAUAAAUUGUACAUUCCAUUUUAUUUAUUCAGCAAUGUAGAAAGUAAAUUUUCUAAAUUAAAAAAAAAUGUAUAUAUAAAAAUAUAUAUAUAUAUAAUUACAAUGUGUUCUCUCAUAGCAUUAUUGAUGAUUUAAUAUGUGUUUAGGUGACGCUGCUUUCCAUUCCCGUGUACCCAAUCCACUUCUAAUUGAUGGAGACGACAGCACCUGCUUUGCUCCGUCCAACAGAUCUGUAACAGUUUCAUUAGAUAAUGCAAUAUUAUUUACGUGGGCCAGGCUU